AUGCAGACCAACAAGCCCGCCAUCACCCUCGACACCGCUCUCGCGAACUCGACCCUCACCAACUCUCCCCUCACCACUCAGAGCGCCAACACCACCCCCAACACUUCGUACACCCCUAUCAUGCCCGGCGAGUCGUCAACACGUCGCCAGCGCAUUGCCAUGGCGUGCCAGUACUGCCGUCACCGCAAGAUCAAGUGCUGUGGAUCUACCCCGUGUGCCAACUGCACCCGCGCCCGUCGCUCAUGCGACUACCAGCCCGUCCCCGAGGAGGUCAACCGUGCCACUCGCGAGAAGAAGGCCGCUGCGAAGGCCGCCAAGUCUGCUUUCGUCUCUCAGCGCGCUGCCCCUUACUUCGUCGGCGAGUCGCCCAUGUACGGAAUGUCAUAUCUCGGACACGGCCCCAUUCGUGGAACUCACGUUCCUGCGCGUCGCUCCUACUCGACCCCCAUCAACAUCAACAUGGCCACUAUGUCACCGUACUCGCCGGUUCCCCACUCGGCUCCCCCCAUGAGCUCCCCUGCCCAGUUUGAGCAGGGAUGGUUCAACGCACCCCCGGUUCCGGUCAUCAACGUUUCGCCCAUGGUGCCCAUUGUUCCUGCCGUCGAGGCCCCCAUGUCGGUUCCUAUUCCCUCUGUGCCGACACUCCCCCCCUCUGUUCCUGACCACUCUGUCGAGGACAACUCUGCCUACGCUACGUAUGCCACGGCCCCGGUAUCUCCCACCGAGAGCUCCGCGAGCACCUCGUACGCCAUGCCCGUUACCCCUACUCCCAACAUCCUCACCUACACCCCCCAGCCUUUCCCCUUCUCGCCCUCGCCGUUGGCUCAGUCUGCCUUCGCCUCCUCGCCGACGCUGUGCCCCGGCCUUCCGGUGCCCCAGCAGAAGCAGCAGCCGCAAGCCCCGCAGCAGCCCCUGGUCGGCCUGGGUAUCGGCCUUCCUGGUCCCGGUGACGAGGGAGUCUACGUCUCCAACGUCCAGGGUAACGAGUACAUGAACGGCAAUGUUUGGGUCCAGCCCGACGCCUCGCCCUACCUUCAGUAA